AUGGUGCAAUAUACAACAAAGAACGAGGAAGGAUAUUUCAGACAUUUUGUGAGAGGCUUUGUGUCAAUCUGGGAAGCCCAGCUACAGCUUGAUUGGAAUAAUUUGGAGUCGCUACCAAAUUGGACUAAUGUUAAACCAGAUACUGGUCCUCAUCUGACAAGAUUACCCGAGGAACUUUUACCUGCUAUUGGAAAGUUCAUUUACAUCGCAAACGAUAACACUGAGAAGGGUGUUCUGAAAUCUGACGGAUUAGGUGAAGUUGAUCUGCUGGUGAGAUGUUUGAUUUCUAUUAGUAGAAACCUGGACAACAUACCUCUCAUUGCAUCUUGCGAUUACAUUGGACUCUGUAUAUCUAUUGCGUCAUCAAUAAUCCAGAAGAUUGUUUGUGGUAACUGCGAAUUUGAAACUGAAGGAAGAACUUACUGCUUGAGCCUGUGCCAUUUGCUGGAAUGCUUGUACGAUCCAUAUUUCACAUGGAGACACUUCUCGCCGACCACCAAAGUCCCGCUCGAAACACUCACCUUCCAGCCUGCUCUUCUGCACGUUGAAGUUAUUCCUUUCAUCUAUGAUUGUUUUCAAACCGACCUUGUUAAGAAAUAUCCUGAACUGAGUAUUGAACUUCUAAAUGUUUUGGGUGCCAUUGUUUCUGGAGCCGAGAGCUCUCUGCAAUUUCUGAGCAGUGAAGAUGAUGGUGAGAGUCAGAGUCAUAAAGAGCCCCACAAGGCAGAGGGGCACAACGCUCUGCGCAGUGUUUGCCCAGCCACAGCCAGUCUCAUAAUGAGCGUGAUCUCUGACUCGUCCAUCAUCGUGGAUGUCCGUGUUGUCGCCCUACGAGCCUUCUCUGCCAUGGUCCGGGUGCUCCAGUCCACUCCACCUCCUCAAGUCAGUCAUUUGCACCAUUCAAGUUUCUUGCUUUUCAAUAACAUUCUUAAUCAAAUUCACUUCAAAAUGUCAACAUUAAUUAACAUAUAAAUACUUUGACAUCAU